AUGGCUACACAAGGUGGUAGAACAUACAACGACGCUAUCGAUGCGCUGAAUUCCCUUCAAACUCCGUAUGCUAUCGUCGAGGCCCGCCGCAAGGCUGGCAUCCGCCCAGAUGCCGCCUCCAUCGCCGAAAUGCAUGAGUACUUGCGACGCAUUGGCUACACUUCCUCCGACCUCGACCGGUUGAAUGUUCUGCACGUCGCGGGUACUAAGGGCAAAGGAAGUACGUGCGCAUUUGCAGCAUCCAUCCUCUUGCACUAUCAGCGAGCACAUACAGUACCUCGUAGGAUUGGCUUAUUUACGAGUCCACACUUGAUUGCUGUGCGCGAACGAAUUAGGAUCAACGACGUUCCUGUCAGCGAGGACGUCUUCGCUCAUUACUUUUUCGAGGUAUGGGACAAGCUUGGGGAAGCUGAAGAACGCGAUGGCCAGAGGGUAAUAGACCAGAGGCUUGACAUCCCCAUGCCUACGAGACCGGUCUAUUCCCGUUAUUUAACACUAAUGAGCUAUCAUUUAUUCCUCCAAGAGAAUAUUGAUGUUGCUGUAUAUGAGACAGGUAUUGGUGGCGAGUUCGAUGCGACGAACAUCGUAGCACACCCUUUGGCAUCUGGUAUUAGCACUCUGGGUAUAGAUCACGUCUUUGCACUCGGGGAAACGAUAGAGAAGAUUGCUUGGCAUAAGGCCGGUAUCAUGAAGCCGGGCAGUGCUGCUUUCACUAUUGAGCAAGUACCCGAAGCCUCCAUCGUACUUCAGGAAAGAGCCAAAGAAAAAGGCGUGCCGCUGAAGGUUUUGGAUGUCGACCCCAGACUGAAGGACGUUAAAGUCCGACCAGAUGCGCUAUUCCAGAAAAAGAAUGCCAGCUUGGGAGUCGCCCUAGCGGAAGCCGCAUUGCAAAAAAUCGACCCUAACUUCACACCAAAUUCGUCGGCUUUAAGUAAAGAAUUCGUUGACGGUCUUGAAAAAGUUGUAUGGAGGGGUAGAUGCGAAGUCAAGGCCGAGGGGCCAAUCAUCUGGCAUGUUGACGGAGCACAUACCGUAGAUAGUCUCAAGAUGGCGACAAGAUGGUUUGCAGGUGAGUGCGCGAAGCGAACUGGCCCGAAAGCCUUGAUUUUCAACCAGCAAGGACGUGACGAAGCCAUCCACUUCCUCGAGGGCAUAGUCUCUGCUCUCAGAGCCCAGGGGCAAGGGACGUUCGAGCACGUCGUCUUUUGCACAAACGUAACUUACGCUAGCACUGGAUAUAAGCGGGACUUUGUGAACCACCAAUAUGACCCCGUAGCCAUCAAAGCUCUAACAGCGCAGCGCGCCUUUGCGGAGAAAUGGUCCUUAUUAGACCCGACGGCAAAGAUAACUGUCGUGCCGACGAUAGAAGAGGCGAUCGAUUAUGUCCGGGAUCUCAGCAAGACACCCUUAGGCGAAAAUGAAACAAUACAAGCUUUCAUUACAGGUAGUUUGCAUCUGGUGGGCGGUGCUUUGGGCAUAUUAGAAGGCGCUGAUGCCUUGUGA